AAGUGGAAGGAGGCUUUUGAGUCCAUACCAUUCCGUUCCUGAAGAGAGAGAGAGAGAGAGAGCGAGAGAGAGAGCCACACACAUUCUCUCGGAGCUCCUUAUGUACUCCUCCAUGGCAGCUGCAUCAACCUCCAUGGCGGCCACCGCCGCAUUGUUGCCACCGCGAACCCCAGCCGCCGUCGUCAGGGCCGCCUCGCUCUCCUCCCUGCCGUACCUCCCUCCCCGCUCUUCCUCCCCUUCCGCCAAGCUCUUUACUGCAUCUCAGCGGUUUGAUUCCCUUCGGAUCAAAGCCUCCUCGUCGGAUGAGUCGCCUGCUUCGCUUGAUGCGAACGAGGUCUUCACUGACCUUAAGGAGAAGUGGGAUGGGGUCGAGAACAAGUCGACUGUUAUUCUCUAUGGGGGCGGUGCUACCGUUGCUGUCUGGCUAUCUUCUGUCGUGGUUGGUGCUAUCAACUCGGUCCCCUUGGUAAGCCCUGCUUUCGACAUUCUUCUCAUUAAUCUGCGAGGACUUCAUUCCUCUUUUAACUUUUUUUUUUUUUUUUUUCGCCAGCUUCCGAAGAUCAUGGAGUUGGUGGGGCUUGGAUACACUGGAUGGUUCGUGUACAGAUACCUCCUUUUCAAGUCAAGCAGGAAGGAACUGGCAGAAGAUAUCGAAUCGAUAAAGAAGAAGAUUACUGGAACCGAGUAGAUCACCCUCUAUCUGUCGCCAGAAUUUGUAAACAAUUUGGCCUAAUAGAUCUAUUUAUGCCGAAAAUCAUCUGUGCAAGAGGUGUUUGUUUACCUGUAAUCUAGGGUAGAUCGAUCUUCCCGAAUUUUCUGCUGCUACUGUAUUUCUGCGCUUCCCCUGUCAUAAUAAUGUGCGAUUUAUAUGUGAUUCAGCUGGAUUCCAAUGCUGUUUGAAAAUCUAGGCCGUAGAAAUCGGUUCGCUCUGUUAUCUCGA